AUGUCUACCACCUAUUUGAGUAAAUUACCAGUAGAGACCUUAUCACUAAAUACAAUUACCCUUACACUCGUCCUGAUUCUUGGAUUGGUUGAAUUCAUUUUGCUGCACAUAUUGAAAAGAAUCAACAGUUUCCUCUCAGAAGGUAAUUCUUCUAUUCAACCUAUAUUAACUGAGUCAAAUGAUUUGAAAGUUGAAGCUGCUGGCUUGAAGAAUGAAGAACUUGAUGUCCUCUCUAACAAGCCAUCUUUUUUGAGAGAGAAGGCAUUUGAUGAGAGCAUGUGCAGAGGGGAGAUGGAGUUGCUGUUAAGAAGCUUAGGGAUUUCUUGUAGCCCAGAUGAAGGACAGCUUCCGAUGAGGCUCGAUUCGAAUGAUAUUUUUGAACUGUUUGAAGAGAAAAAUCCUGGUUUGGAUGAAGUGAAAGAAGCUUUUGAUGUGUUUGAUGGGAACAAAGAUGGAUUCAUUGAUUCAAGGGAGUUGCAAAUGGUUCUUGGUGCUCUUGGUUUUGACGAAGGAUCAGAAAUGGAAAAUUGCAGGAGAAUGAUUAGGGCUUUUGAUGAAAAUGGAGAUGGGAGGAUAGAUUUUCAGGAAUUUGUAAAAUUCAUGCAGAGUAGCUUGUGCUGA